GCCUGUUGGCGUGAGUGUGUGCGUGCGUGUCCGUGUUUAAAGAAAUUAUUAACUCCGUUGUUUAAACGUUCGCCGUUUAUUUUGUGAAAUCCAAAUAGCGCGUAAAGCGAUAAACGAUCCAGAGCACAUAGACGAGUACGAACGACCAGGAAGCCAUGUGCACCUCACCGGUAGCCCACCAAAUGUCAUCGAGCAUGUCGUCCGGCAGGAUAUUGCCCCGUCGCCAGGCGAUACCCGUUCUCUAUACGCGCGGCACACACUAUGAGGUCGGCUUCGAUAUGGGUCGCACUUUCGGCUCGAUGAUCAAGAACUUUUUGAUCUUAUCGCAGCCACUGAACGAGACCUACUUACCCCUCUACAGCACCGCAAAAGGCCGGCAAAUAUAUAAUGAAACGCUGGAAUCGGUUAAAUGCAGCUUUCCGCAAUAUAUACGUGAAUUGGAGGGCGUGGCCGAUGGCGCCGAAGUAGAGUUCCAUAAGUUAUUCUUGUUGCAUCUGGACGAAAUUCUGCCGCAGGCCAUGAAGCAUCAACCGCGCAACAAAAAUCAACCCACGGGCUGCUCCACGAUUAUUGUUAAUCAUAAGCAUUGUCGCCUGCUGGGCCACACCGAGGAUGCUCUCACAGCGACGCUGAAUCAUUAUUACUUUGUGGUCGCCCACAUCAUUAGCGACAAGCCGCAGGGCAAGUACAAUGUGAAGGAGGAACACUUUAUGUCCCUCUGCUAUGCCGGACACCUGCCUGGCUACACCAUGAGUCACAAUCAUCAUGGGCUCGUCUUCAGUAUCAACACAAUUAGCGCCGAGCUGCUGCGCAGCGGCAAGACGCCUCGUCAUUUCCUAACCCGAGCUCUGCUCGCUACAAGCAACGUAGACGACGCCUUCAGGGUGCUGGCAGAUGCCGGCGUAGGCGCCGCCGACGCCUGUUCCAUUAAUUUAUCAUUUAUAUCCGAUCCACGUCAGAUGUUCUACAACAUCGAAAUGGCACCGAACCCGGACAAAAAGAACGAAUCACACUUGAGCAUCAAGGAGAUAUCGCUGGGCGGUCAUAAUUACCACACCAAUCAAUUCGAGCGCAUCCUCUUGGAUCAGGCCAAUGAGCCGAUGAUUCAGUCAAGCGUCUCGCGCAUGAGCGCCUUCAGCAAGUACAAGCCGCCGGCCAGCGAGCAGGAUGUCCGUAACAUGCUGGGCGACGUCACUGGCGGCUGCUUCUGCGUGUGGCGCGAUAAUGGCAGAACCGAUGAAGAAGUGAAGACUAUUGCUAUGGGCCUAUUCGAUUUGAAUGCCAAGACCUUUGCGCUCUACUCGGACAAUCCCAGCCUAACCGAGCCCCAUUGCACAUUGCCCAUGCUUUGCAAAUAGCUCAGUACUUACUCAUUGUGAAAUAUAACCAAU